AUGGAGCAAACGCUGUGGGGCCACUUGCCAGUAUUGUUAAGAGCCAAUUCCAAAGACUCUAUUGAAUUCAUUCUUCAAACCCUAUGGAGAACCAGAAAAACCGGUCUUCAAUCUUCUGACAGAUGCAUCAUCCAAGAUAUACUCCAACUGGAAAAUGACUCUGACCUCGAUCCACUUCUGGUUUGCCUCAGAAUGUUAAUCAGGAGAUACAUUUAUGAAAAUACCUAUAAGGAUGAUAUUCCAAAGUUGUUUCCUGGUGAAGUUCUACCUGAAUUGCGAAAACUAUUGACACUGAUGUUGCAGAAGUUUCAGCGAGAGUGGCAAGAUGACAUGUUGAAAGAUCAGAGUACAAGUAUUCAGAAUAUUGUGCCUCAAUUAAAGGCAAUGACAUGGAAUAUGGCAAAUCAGGGUACAGAAGUGUCAGAUCCUGCAGCUGUUAUUAAUUUGAAGCUGCAAAAUGAAGCUCAAUUUCACUCGGGAGAGCUGGACGUGAAGUUCCAGUUGGCUACAGAUUCUCUAGAGAUGAUGUUAAAAGCCAUGCACAAUAUUAGAGACCAGUUUUCAACCAAGGAUGAGGCACCAAAAGGGAAUUAG